AUGGAGUCAAACAAGAGAGUAACUGGGAGAAAUGACGCUGUUGACAUGGAACCACGAGAAAAUGCAAGGGAAAACAGAAAACAGCAUCAGAGGCGGGAACGGCAAAAAUAUGAUGAAGAAUCUUCUGAUGUUGUUCCAUCGGCUGUAGCUGUCCCGCAUCUCUUGGGAACAGAACCAAUUCAGCUGACAGACGGACAACGACGCUGUCGGAGGGAAGCGGAACAGGUGGCGCUUCGCAAGGAACGAAAAUAUUACCGUGUAAAUCGUUUCGACAGGUUUAUCAUUCUCCUUUUCUUUAUAUUAAUUCCCUCUUUAUUUCUCCGUAUGUUGAGCUUUUUAACGUCGGAGUGGAUUGUUACUGCCCGCCCCAAAAACCAUCGUGCAGUGGGGAUAAUCACCACUUGUUUUUUGUCCAUUGUUAACGUGUGUGUGGAGCAUGGAUAUUCGAAUGUCCAUCUCAACUUGAUUGAUGCCUUGAGUGGAAGAGUUGUCUGUGAAAUGUCCCCCACUGAUGUAGCGCGGCUGACCACCUCCAUGUGGGCCCUGAGUGGGCUGCAAUUGUGUUUGAAUUUGUUGGCGCUUGCCGUAAUGCUUCGAAUCUCUUGCCGGCCUACUCGUUCGUGUUUGCACGCUGUUGUCAUGGGUUUGGUAGUCAUUGGUAUUUUAUUGUCUGCGUGCAUUCUAGGUCUCUUCUACCUUCGCACAAAAUGUGAGAAAAAAGGCUGCGUUGCGCAUCACCUUGCACCACCUCAGUGCACUGUUGCUUACGGUUGGGGAUACGGCUUGUAUGUUGCGGCACUUAUACUUGAUUUGGUUGCUAUGUUAACUUGUAUUUGCCUCCUCUCGUAUAAUGCCGGACUACAAAAUCGUGUCACGCAGCGACAUAAUGGAACGGUACAGUCGGAAGCACCGGCCAGCUCUGCUGAAGCACCGGAGGCCUCGGAAGCAUUAAACGAUCAAUAUCUCACCGCUGCAUCUUUGGGUAUUAAGAUUGAAGGUGCAGAUGAUUGGGUUUAUGACUCAAAAAGUGAUUUCUUUUACAGUUUCAAGUUAGAUGCGUUUUGGGAUCCCGUCCAACGUCGUUAUUACCAUCGAAAGCUGAAGUCAUGGCUCGCGACCCCAGACGGCCGAGUUGAGUUACCUGAAGCCAUCGCUGACGUGUAG